CUACCAAUUUUCAACCGACUUUCUUCAAUCCCAAUUUCUCUGAAACAUAAGAAAUCUCCAAUUUCAAAAACCCAUUUUCAGAUCCUAAGUUACUUCCCAUUCCAUUCCAAGAAAAUGUCAGAAUCAUCCAGCUCCAAUUUGGCCAUGGCCAAGACCAUUUUGUCCACAGUUGGCUCAGUUGCAGCUACAGCAAUGGUGGUCCGUUCAGUAGUCCGAGAAUUUGUCCCAGCUGAGAUGGAAGACUACCUCUUUUCUGGCCUUAGGAGGCUCUUUGACCGAUUCUCAAGUCAACUGACAAUGGUGAUUGAUGAAUUUGAUGGGCUGGUCAACAAUGAAAUCUACGAGGCAGCUGAGGUCUACCUAGGCCCGAAAGUAACCCCAACAACCCGAAGACUCAAAAUCAGCAAGCCCGAAAAGCAGAAGAACUUCAACAUUGCCAUGGAGAAAGGUGAGGAGCUCACAGAUAUCUUUCACGGGAUCAAAUUUAAAUGGGUUUGGAUCGUUAACAAAGUUGAAACAAGAAAUUUUUAUAAUCCCAGAGACAUGAAUUCCACUCUGAGGUCAGAGGUAAGGUCCUUUGAGCUGACAUUUCACAAGAAAAAUCAAGACUUUGUGAUCAAUACAUACUUGCCUUAUAUAGUAAGUGAAGCAGAGUCGAGGAAACACGAGAAGAAAACUAUCAAGCUUUUUACGGUGGAUCCUGAACAGAUGUAUGACAUGAACAAUGCAUGGCUGUCUGUGACUCUUGAUCAUCCUUCUACUUUCGAUACAUUGGCUAUGGAUUCAGAGAUGAAAGAUAUGGUCUUGAAGGAUCUCGAGAGGUUUGCGAAGAGAAGGGAAUUUUAUAGGAAAGUUGGCAAGGCUUGGAAAAGAGGGUACUUGUUGUAUGGUCCUCCAGGGACUGGAAAAUCUAGCUUGAUUGCUGCCAUUGCCAAUUUCUUGAAUUUUGAUAUUUAUGAUUUGGAGUUGACUGAGAUCAGGAGGAAUACUGAUUUGAGGAAAUUGUUGGUGGCCACUGCUAAUAAGUCUAUAUUGGUGGUGGAGGACAUUGAUUGCACUAUUGAGUUUAAGGACAGGUUGAGCAAUAAAGCUGCUGCUGCAUCUUCAGAACCUGAAUUUCACGAGGAAGAAAAAAAGGUGACGCUGUCUGGUUUCCUCAAUUUUAUUGAUGGUUUAUGGUCAAGUUGUGGUGACGAGAGGAUCAUAAUUUUCACCACAAAUCACAAAGAAAAGUUGGACCCUGCUUUAUUGCGGCCUGGUAGAAUGGAUGUUCACAUUCACAUGUCCUAUUGCACCCCUUCUGGAUUCAGAAUUCUGGCUGCAAAUUACCUUGAAAUUAAAGACCACUGCCUAUUUAAAGAAAUUGAGGAAUUGAUUGCAGCCACAGAGGUUACACCCGCAGAAGUUGCAGAGCAGUUGUUGAAGAAUGAUGAAGCUGAUGCUAUACUUGAAGGGUUGAUUGAUUUUCUCCAUGUGAAGAGAAAAGAAAAAGAAGAAGCCGAGACUAAGAAAGUUGAAGUAGAGCCAAAAGAGGAGGAGAGAAAUGUACAGGAGGGAGGUGAGAAAGAACAGAGAGAUGGUACAAAACAAGAAAGCUGAAGUUAACAUGUUUUGGCCGGCUUGCAUGAUUCAAAAACUUGCCAAGCAUAGAGCCCUAGACUGUUCAGAUACAGAUUUCCAUAAUCAGUACAUUUUGUCAAAAGAUCUUAAAUUAUUCGGAUUAAUUUUAUUAA